AUGUCCCUCGUCCAUACCGUGGAUUGCUCAACUCUAGUCCCACAAGCAACUUUCAAAAAAGCCUAUGACCAGGGAUUCAGAAAAGCGAUCAUUCGAGGAUACCGCGAAGCGUGUAGUGUUGGUGGAGCAGUGGAUCCUAACUUCGUUCAGUCAUACGAGAAUGCUCGUGCGGCAGGUUUCACGAAUAUAGAUACGUAUUGGUUCCCCUGCACGGGAAGUGGUAAUGAUUGCAAGAGUCCCGAAACCCAACUUGCUGAGCUUGGGGAGGUGUUCAAAGCGAACAACAUGAAGAUAGGUAGGAUCUGGCUUGACCUUGAGCGUGACCAAGUGUACUGCAAUGCUUGGGACUACGGUCAUAGCGACAACCUUGCCCACGCCAAAAAAAUCGUUCAAGCUCUCAAGGACUCGGGCUACGCAUAUGGGAUCUACAGUUCCCCCGGUGAAUGGUCGAGCCUGUUCGGAUCGUACUCCGCCGCCGUGGAUAGCUUAGCUCCCCUUUGGUUCGCCACAUAUAACAAUGUGCAGACUGUGACUCUGGGUACAAAGUUCGGAGGAUGCCAACAACGGGGAUUGGCGAACCUCGAGGCGAUGAAAGCAGCUGGAGUGGGGUGGGACGGCCAUUCUUCCGUGCUCGAAGCAGAAAUGGUCAGAGAGUCGACUUGUCCGAUAUUCUGGAUUUAA